UCUGUUAGGUGCUACCAAAUGAGGAAGGCUAAUGCUUACUGCUGUUUCUAAAGGGUUUGGUGUAAUUUCGGUGUGAUCACCGGCACUUGUAGGCAUUGGAAAAAAUGUCAUCUGUGACCGAACGGCGACUCCCCUGGAUGCCUUUAGGAUGAUGACUGCGGCUCAUUACUACCCAAAGCUCAUGAGCAUCAUGGGGAACGUUUUACGCUUCCUGCCUGCUUUUGUGAAGAUGAAACAGCUGAUCCAGGAGGGUUACGUAGGGGAGCUGCUGGUGUGCGAGGUGCAGGUUCACAGCGGAAGCCUGCUAGGCAAGAAGUACAACUGGAGCUGUGAUGACCUGAUGGGAGGUGGGGGCUUGCACUCGGUUGGCACCUACAUCAUCGACCUCCUGACCUUCCUCACCAGCCAGAAGGCCGUGAAAGUGCACGGGUUGCUCAAGACGUUCGUGAAGCAGACGGACCACAUCAAGGGGAUACGGCAGAUCACCAGCGAUGACUUCUGUACCUUUCAGAUGGUCCUGGAAGGAGGCGUGUGCUGCACGGUGACGCUCAACUUCAACAUCCCGGGGGAGUUCAAACAAGACAUUAUUGUGGUGGGUUCGGCAGGACGGCUGAUUGUAAUAGGCACUGACCUCUACGGACAGAGCAACAGCUCUCCUCAGCGGGAGCUCCUGCUAAAGGACUCCACGCCAGUCAGCAACUCCUUACUUCCAGAGAAAGCCUUCAGCGACAUCCCAUCGCCCUACCUCCGGGGCACCAUUAAGAUGGUCCAAGCUGUCCGGCAAGCAUUUGAGGACCAGGACGACAGGAGGACCUGGGACGGGAGGCCCCUUACGAUGGCUGCCACUUUUGAUGACUGCCUGUAUGCCCUGUGUGUGGUGGACACCAUUAAAAAGUCAAACCAGUUGGGGGAGUGGCAGAACAUUUCAAUCAUGACUGAGGAGCCGGAACUGAGCCCAGCAUACUUAAUCAGCGAAGCCAUGCGGAAGAGCAGGAUGUCUCUGUACUGCUAGCUCCUCUUGGCUCCUAGGAAAGAAUAGGAACCAGACAGCUCUCGAAGGAGAUGGUAAUUCAGCCCCUGUGAAGGGCUUGGGUGUCUUAGAAACAGCUGAAGAGAAGGAAAUACAGUGUCUGGAUCAAUUAAAUCUGUUGGCAGCUAAAUGGCAAAGCGAUAUGGUCCUUCAAAAUGCCCAAGACAGAUAGGAGACGUAAGAGCUGAUAUAACUUAACUGUUUUAAUAACAGUAUUAGCUGGGUGAUUGGAAAGAUAUAUCACGGACUCAUCUCCUGCUUGCAGGUGCUUUAGAUUAUCCAAUUGUGUUUACUGUGAAAGGUUGGGAAGAUCCUUUUAGAUUUUCCUUACCUACCAGAGGGCUGUGAAGGUACUGUCAUGUCGUUAAAUUUUCUGUAGUGUCUGACAUGAAUGGUUCCUACCAUGACAGCUGACACCACCAUGCUGUAGUACUACACCUCUAACCAACACACAGAAUAACAGGACUUGGUGUGAAAGUGUUGCGUGACAGGGAAAAUCUUGGCAGCUCACUUUUCAUACAACCUGUUAGGAGCUUCUCUCUGUUGGUUUAGCUAGUUGUUUUUUGUUUGGUUUGAUUUUUUUUAAAGCACAAUUAAGUAGGAAAGUGUGUGGCUUUUAAAACAAAGCAGUCCUCAACCACAGUGCAUAUGCCCCAGUAUUUGGGGAGGGAGGGAGGGUCUUCUAUGAGCUC